AUGAACCUUCCACAGAUUGACAGCCCAGGCUCGUCCGUUUUCGACCUCCCCAUACAACCUGCACCGGUAUUUCGUCCACUUGCAACUCCAUCCCGUCAAUACCCGUCAAUCAGCACGCCGUCCUUCAUCGUGUUGUCCGGGGGAACAGGGGGCAAUGCGAUUUGUUCAGCAUUUGGGCUAAAUGCCACCUAUGUCCUACCCGUUUCUGACGAUGGUGGCUCAUCAAGCGAAAUUAUAAGAGUCCUUGGUGGUCCCUCAGUUGGCGAUAUUCGUUCCAGACUUGUCCGUCUCAUUCCUCCCGCACCACCGUCGUCUCCCUUGAGUGCAAUAUGUAAGCUCCUAGCGUACCGCCUUCCGGCGCAUUGUGGUCAGAGGGAAGCUCGCGAUGAGUGGAGGGACAUUGUUGAGGGCCGUAGUUUUCUCUGGAAGGGUAUUUCGAAUGACCGAAAAGAAACUAUACGUGGGUUUCUUGUUUAUUUCGAGAGCGAGCUCCUGAAAAGAGCUCAUAAAAAUUUUGACUUUCGGAAUGGAAGUAUAGGAAACUACUUCCUUGCUGCAGCUCAGGGAUUCUUCCGAUCGCUUCCAGCUGCCAUAUUCCUCUUUUCCUCGAUCACUAACAGCCAGGCCAACAUAUUGCCAGUUGUCGUCACGAAUCACACAGUAACCAUUGCUGCUGAAUUGGAAGACGGCGAGAGAAUGGUAGGACAAUGCGAGAUCUCGCACCCCGUAAAGCAGUCUCCAGCGCCCGUCAACAUAACAGUCUCGGACGAGCGAGGAGAACUAUCACUGUUGGAUGGUUUGGGUCAACUGCCUGCACAACACCAAAAUGUUAUGUAUGAACCAGAGAAUGAUGGGGCGUACGACAGACUGCGGUCCCGGAUUUUUAGGGUUUACUACAUCAAUUCAUAUGGCAUGGAAAUACAUCCGUCUCCAAACCCCGAUUAUAUCUCCAACUUGGCUUCCAGAGAUAUCCUUGUUUACUCUUGUGGCUCGUUGUGGACGAGCAUCAUCCCUUGCUUAGCUCUAAGGGGCGUGGCAAGAGCGAUUGCAAGUUCGCCGUCUCUCCGUGCAAAGGUCUUGCUCUUGAAUUCGGAAAAUGACAGAGAAACAGAUGGGUAUGACGCAGCAGAUUACAUACGUGCGAUCGUCCGUACGCUAAAUUCAAACUACCACAUUGAGCCUUACGGAUUGGGAAAUGCAAACACAACAUACCCAGUAUCUGCAUUUGUCACGGAUUUGGUAUUCCUGAAGGGGACAACUGUGUCCGUGGAUUUACCGAGAAUUACAUCGCUCGGUGUUAGAUGCACAGAAGUUGAUGGGGUCGCUGUAGGAGGGAGAAGCCAAUUUGCAGCAGAUAAUAUUUCGGAUGUCCUGGCAAAGAUUUGGGAGGAGCGCAAAUUGUAG